AUGGAAGGACGAGAAACCACGGGGUUAUUUGACAAGAUCCUCCCUCCACGCCUGGAAGACGCAGGCCUCGAGGAGUGCGCUCUUCCGCCAGAUUCCAUUCAGGAGGCUUUCCUCAAAGCUGCUUCCGUCGUCAAGUCACGUGCGGCCACCUUCUUCCAUUCUGAUGAUGAAGAUGAAGUUGAACACGGAUGCCUAGACGACCCGCUCCCCGACAAGGGUAAGUGCUUCUCCGAUAUUCUUAUUUCGCCGCCAUAUACAGACAUGCCUGAUGCGGUAUUGGUUGGCGGAGGGUCACUGGAUCCAACCUCGGACGCGGUGGACGGCUGCGUGAAGGAAAAGGGAUGGGGUGAAGAUGAUGAGCUGAAGGGUUUGGAGAUUGGAGAUGAAAAGAAAAAGAAGGGUGAAAAGCAGGAUGAUGAUGACGAGAGGGAGGAGGAAAAACCAAUUCUGGUUGAGGGUCUGGUGUAA